CAAAACCGUCGAGCAAAAUGGCGCCGCCAAGAGAAAAUGGAAGCUGCCCGUCUGGGCCUGAGCGAAUAUCACGCAGCGACCUUAUCCAGAGCAGCAGCUGGAAGCAGCCUGGCCCUUCCAAUGGACCCCUGGUUAUCCCCGCCACUGCUAAGUGCCCUGCCAGGGUUCCUGAGCCACCCACAAACAGGAUACCCUAGCUAUCUGACCUCCCCAGUAGCAGGAGAGCCUCCUAGACCUCCCUUGGCCCAUUCACACUCACCUCCAGGUGUUGGAGGUGUGGCUCCUGACCUCCGAACUACCUCGAUAGCAGCGCUAAGGCUCAAAGCGAAGGAGCAUGUAGAGAAUAUCACUAAGGGCAUGCAAAUGGUUUAAGGAACUUGUAUAUAUUUAGCUGAUAAGGGAUGUGAUCCACAAGACCGUAAAAGGAAGUCAAGGUUCUUAACAGUGUUAGAAAAUAUGUUGUACACAGCUCCACAAAGAGAGAAAAGAUAGACCAUAAUAUUUCUAUGUAUUUUUUGACGUAGAAUCAGAAUCCGGGAUCAGAAAAGCUGGGGAUGGUAUUUCUUCCAUCUUUCCUGGGGGUAGUUUUUGGAUUGGAGGUGAACUCUAGGGGUGUGAGAAUCCUUAAAUCCACAAAUUCGGAGUCAGCGUAGAAAAAUACAUAAAGAUAGCAUGUUCCAGCAUUUCAACUCCAUUUUCACCCCUCUUAAGUGUAGUUUUUUGAGUCUGGG